CAGAGACGCUGCACACACACAAUAUACGCUCUAGUGUUGACAUAUUUAAUUUCUGCUCUAAAAAAUCUCUCUUAUCUCGAUUAUGCCGGGAAUGAUGGACAAAGGCUCGGAAUAUUUGGGCAAAGGUCGCUCGAAUGGGACGAAAAGCCCGUCUAACGCCUCGAACGGACAUUUUUCAGACGAAAGCGGCAGCGACGACGAGCACGAUGUAGGCAUGCGUGUGGGAUCGGAUUAUCAAGCCAACAUCCCUGAAUUUGAUCCAGGAUCCACAAAAUACAGUGAUAAAGACAGUGGGGGCAUGUUGGUUUGGUCUCCGCAUCACACAAUAGUUGACUCUAAAUUGGACGAGUACAUUGCGAUUGCGAAAGAAAAGCAUGGAUACAAUGUUGAGCAGGCUCUCGGCAUGCUCUUCUGGCAUAAACACAACAUUGAGAAGUCUCUUGCUGAUCUCCCGAACUUCACGCCAUUCCCUGACGAAUGGACGGUGGAGGACAAGGUGCUGUUUGAACAAGCCUUCAGCUUUCACGGGAAGAGUUUUCACAGGAUCCAGCAGAUGUUGCCGGACAAAUCCAUAUCCAGUCUUGUGAAGUACUACUAUUCAUGGAAAAAAACCCGCUCCAGGACCAGCCUGAUGGACCGGCAGGCAAGAAAGCUGGCUAACCGCAAUAAUCAAGACGAAAGUGAGGAAGAGAUGGAAGAGGCUAACCCUGUGGAGGCCAACGACAGCGACUAUGACCCAACAAAAGAGGCAAAGAAGGAGGUAAAUACUCCAGCAGAACCACAGACUCUGAGCUCUAAGAUCGGGAUGGGUCGACGGGACCACCAGACGCUACAGCACCGGCAUCACACGCAGCGCUCCAAGUGCCGUCCUCCUAAAGGCAUGUACCUGACGCAGGAGGACGUGGUGGCCAUAUCCUGCAGCUCCAGCGCCGCCAACUCUGUGCUGCGGCAGCUCGACAUGGAGCUGGUGUCCCUUAAACGACAGGUACAGAACGCCAAGCAGUUAAACAGUGGACUGAAGCAGAAGAUUGAAGAUGGGAUUGAUGAACUCCGACUGCCUGAGUCCACCCAAAAAAUUAACGCCCGCUGGACAACAGACGAGCAGCUGCUGGCAGUGCAGGGAGUACGCAAAUAUGGGAAGGACUUCCAGGCCAUUGCUGAUGUGAUCGGUAAUAAAACCGUGGGACAGGUGAAGAAUUUCUUUGUAAACUACCGGCGGCGGUUUAACCUGGACGAGGUGCUUCAGGAGUGGGAAGCGGAGCAGGGGACGCGGACGCCCAAUGGAGAUGGAGCCAAUUCAGGAGAGGAUGGAAAAACCAGCAACGCCUCGUCAGGGAAGAGCACAGACGAGGAAGAGGAAGAGGGUCAGGUGAGUCUGGCGUGUGGGCCGUCUCCUGUGGUCUCCUCUUCCUCCUCCUCCUCCUCGUGUCCUCCAUCCUCCUCCUCGUCUCUCCAGCAGCCUCCGCCUCUUCUGCGCCCGUCUCUUCCGGCCACCCCGGCUCUGCACCGCCAGCCUCCACCUCUGCAGCAGCAGGCCCGCUUCCUGCAGCCCCGUCCCGCACUGCACCAGCCUCCGCCGCUCAUCCGACCCUCCAACCCCGUCCCACCGCGGCUCAACCCCCGCCCGGCCGCUCCCCUGGCCCCCAACACAGCGAACGCACCCGCAGCAGGACAGCAGCCGCCAGCUCUCCUGGGCAUCCAGAGCGCAGAGACGCCCUCGUCCUCCCUGCACUGACACACCACAGGAGGGUAACGCUGUGUACAGACCCCCAAAACUAAAUCACACACACCUUUACACUGUAUAUAUUAGUUCUGUGACUGUCUAUUUAUUUAAGCUGUGUGUGUGUGUGUGUGUGUGUGUGUGUGUGUGUGUGUGUGUGUGUGUGCGUGUGUGCGUGUGUGUGCCUGUGUUUAAAGGAGUUAUUAAUGUCAAACCUGAAAUUCUUCAUAUUCCUGACAGAUUCUGACCUGAAGGUGCUUUCAUUCAGCCAGCAAGUUCUGUUUGGACCCUCUGAAAGAUAGUAAGAGGAUGUACAGGAGGUGUCUGUGUCUGUGUGUGUGCACGCGCUUCAAUUACCUGUCUAUGUGGAGCUUAAAAAUAAUUAAGUGUGUGUGUUUGUUCUCCUAAAAGAUAGUAAGACUGUACAGGAAGCAUCAUUGUGGGUUUUGUCCACAAUCGCCUUCUUAUCCGUCUUCAUGACACUUAAAGAUAAUUGAGAGUGUGUGUGUGUGUGUGUGUGUGUGUGUGUGUUUAUGCCUGUGUGUGUGUGUUUUUUUUUGCAUGCAUGUGUGGGUCUGUGUGUAUGUAUGUGUAUAUAUGUAUUUAUACAUGUGUAUGUUUUUGUGCGUGCAUGCAUGUGUGUAAAUGUGUGUGUGUGUGUGUAUGUGUAUAUAUAUAUAUAUUUGUGUGUGUAUGUAUGCGUUUGUGGGUGUUUUUACGUGUACGUGUGUUUAUGUAUGUAUGUAUGUAUGUAUGCAUACAUGCAUGCAUGCGCGUGUGUGUGUGUUUUUAUGCGUGCGUGUAUGUGUGCAUGUUUGUGUAUGUUUUUACACGUGUGUGUGUGUGUGUGUGUGUGUGUGUGUGUGUGUGUGUGUUUGUGUGAAUGUAUGCAUGUGUAUGUUUUUACACAGACGUGUGUGUAUAUGCGUGUAUGUAUGCGUGUGUAUAUAUAUAUAUGUA